GAACGGUCUGUCCACGACAUCUUUUCCAAGUCAAUUGCUCAUUAUUUGCGAGCCCAGCAUGAGUGCCUUUGGAAGACCCCCGGGUAUGGUCACCGGGAAGCCUACUCCGCCGGAGCGAGGGAGCUUUCCUCUCGAUCAUGACGGAGAGUGCAAGCCUGUAAUGGCCGAAUACCUGCGCUGUCUCAGAAGAGUCCGUGGAACCAACGACCCGGAAUGCCGACUGUUAGCCAAAUCCUAUCUGCAAUGUCGCAUGGAGCAUAACCUCAUGGCACCGGACGACUUCAAAAAUUUGGGUUUUGGGGAUGAAGGGACAAGCGGGGCAAAUGCCAGUGGUGUUUCGCAAGAAAACCGGCAAGGAGGACAAGCAGCAACGCCCAGGUGAUGGAAAGAGUGGGGUGGUAGAAAUAUGACCUGACGGUGAAAACCUCCCGGGGGUCACAGACGGAUCAUUGUCAUCUUCCUCCCGCCCUCUGUUUCAGGACUUUGAGACAUUGGGCAACAUUAUAUUUUGUACAUUAGGGCAUCAUUAUAUGGAGCUAAAGGUGCAGGCAUUCUUCGUGUUUUUUUUUUAACAGGGGUCCUUUUUUUUAGAACAUUGAAUGCAUCAGUGGCGC